AUGGACACAAAGGCGUGCAUCUCGCUUGUAAUCCUCGCGCUCGUGAUCGCCGGCCUGGACACGAGUGCUGCGGCGCUCGUCGGCAUCCACGCGGCAGCGGCAGUGAUGCCAACAUGGUUGGCGAUGCCGAUGAAGCUUGAGGAUGCGGUGGCGCCGGAGCUCUUGGAUUCGACGACGGUGGACGUGGAGGAGGGACACCGCCGCGUCCUCGCCGGCAGAGGCAUCACUUCUAGUUCCCUGAACCCCAACAAGGCAGCCUGCAUCAGGACAUGCCCGGCGCGCGGACGGCCGUACACCGGCUGGGCAUGCCUCAGAACGUACCAGUGUCGUUAG